GUGAAAAAGAGAAAAAGGCCCAUUCUGGAUCUGGACCUAAGAAAAUACUUUGCGUGAGUUGCUCUUACUGGUCAACUCUUCUUCUUCAAAUCUCAAAUCUCAAAUCUGAAAUAUCAGAGAGGGAUUGAGGGGUCACAGAGCAAUGGGGGCAUUAACAACGGCGCUGAUAGCAAUUGGAGGCGUAGUUCUCGGCUGGAUCACCAUCGAGAUGGCUUGCAAGCCUUGUCUUGAAAAAGGUCGAGAAGCCAUUGAUCAAAAUCUCAACCCAGACUAUGACCCAGAUGAUCAACACAGUAUCCGGGAACCUCUAACUGCAAACGCAACUCAAGACACCGAUCCGGAUUCCGCUUCUUCAACUGCCGUUAAAAUUGUCUGAUCAUAUCCUAUUCUCCUCCCUAUUUUGCUUGAUUGCAAUUGCCCCCCUUACAAUUCUUUUUUUUUUUUUUUUAAAGUUUGGAGUCUUAAGAGGGGUAAUCGAAAUAUAAAUGCUUUUCUGUUUUUGGGUGUUCUUUUUUUUCCCCUAUUGUAAUAUGUUUGUUGAGAAAUUCGUAUAUUAGCUUUGAAGUUGUUUGUUU